CCUGAUGAUGACGUAAGACGAAUCUUCUGGAAGGUUGCAAAACAAUUGCGUCACCAACUUGCGCACUUCUUUCUCGAAAGGUGAACACUGUUCUCGAUUGUUUCAGGAUAACAACGCACCAUGUUAGUGGCGAGGCUGACGUGCCUGCGGAGUGUCCCGCUCGCCGGGCUCCGUCCUGUGCUCACCCAUGGCUCCCCGGCCCUGAGGUCCCCGGUCCUCAAGGCCUGUCCUCCACUGCUCAAGCCCCAGCAGGGUUUCUCCUCUAAGGCCAGAUUUGGUUUCCGUCGUGCACGGACAACCAGAGACCAGCUCAAAGAAGCGGCUUUUGAGCCGGCAACAGACACAGCCAUCAAAAUUGACAGCAUGGGGAGAAUGAUCCUGGCUGGAGGUGCAGCGGUGGGCCUGGGGGCUUUGUGUUACUAUGGACUCGGCAUGUCCAAUGAUAUCGGUGCCAUUGAGAAAGCAGUGAUCUGGCCUCAGUAUGUGAAGGACAGGAUCCAUUCCACCUACAUGUACUUUGCUGGCAGCGUUGGACUGACGGCUCUGUCGGCUGUGGCUGUGAGCAGGACCCCCGCACUGAUGGGUCUGAUGAUGAGAGGAUCCUGGCUGGCAAUAGGAGCCACCUUUGCAGCCAUGAUUGGGGCUGGCGUGCUGGUUCGGUCCAUUUCAUAUGAGCACAGCCCAAUGCCCAAACACCUCGCGUGGAUGCUUCAUGCAGGUGUGAUGGGAGCUGUCAUCGCCCCGCUCACUCUUCUGGGAGGGCCGCUAAUGAUGAGGGCCGCCUGGUACACAGCAGGCAUCGUGGGAGGUCUGUCCACCGUGGCCAUGUGCGCUCCCAGCGAGAAGUUCCUCAGCAUGGGAGGGCCUCUGGCUGUCGGCUUCGGAGUGGUGUUCGCUUCCUCUAUUGGAUCGAUGUUCCUGCCGCCCACCUCGGCGUUCGGAGCAGGCCUGUACUCCGUCGCAGUCUACGGAGGUCUGGUUCUCUUCAGCAUGUUCCUCCUCUACGACACACAGAAGGUCAUCAAGAGAGCCGAGACGCACCCGCUCUACGGCGUGCAGAAAUACGACCCCAUCAACGCGUGCAUGGGGAUUUACAUGGACACUCUGAACAUUUUCAUGAGGCUGGUGAUGAUCCUGGCCAACGGCGGCGGCGGCAGAAGGAAGUAAACGCCCACCUGACUCCAGCUUCAGCUUCACCUUCUACACAGUUAACCCAAGUCAUGUUUAUCACAUUCAACAGGUGUUCAGUUUUAGUGGCAAAUCUUUUAAAACCAAUAGAUCAGCUUUGCAAGUGUAUUCAGAGGAGGACUGG